ACACAAUGGCCGUCCCUCCUGCAUACUCAGACUUGGGGAAGUCUGCCAAAGACAUCCUCAACAAGGGCUAUGGUUAUGGAAUUCUGAAGCUGGAUGUGAAGACCAAGUCCCAGAAUGGUGUUAUGGUAAGAGUGUGUGUCCACGUGGCGGGGAGUAAAAACACGGGUGCACUGCAGUUGAAAACGUGUACAGUGGUGCCUUGAGAUAUGAGUUUAAUUCGUUGUGUGACCACACUUGUACAACCCCAAUUCCGAUGAAUUUGGACGUUGUGUUCAACAGAAAUAAAAACAGAAUACAAUGAUUUGCAAAUCCUGUUCAACCUAUAUUUCAUUGAAUACACCACAGAGACAAGAUAUUUAAUGUUCAAACUCAUCAACUUUAUUGUUCUUAGCAAAUAAUCAUUAACUUAUCAUUUUAUGGCAUGCAACAUACUUACUCUUAUGCAAGUAAUAAUUAGGACUACUUUUCACUUUUAUUUGAGUCUUAUUAUUCUCAAGUAACAGUAAUCUUACUCUACCCACCUAUGGAGAUCAGUCCUCAGUAAGCCACACUAAUAAUGAUAGUUGUUUUUCAAAGAGGAUAAAGAACAUAUGCUCGUGAGUAUUGUUUUAUUGUCUUUCUACAUGUGUUGCUCCACUGUUUGUGUUCAAAUAUCCAUUCCUUAAAGCGUUAUAACAUCGCCACAUACUGUAGAUGCUAUUUGUUAGCCCGUCAAUAGAAUUCUGCAUCGUUUGUUAGCAUUAAGCCAAGGAAAAUCCUUUUUUUUAAAAAAUACACAGUGAGUAAUUCUCUUUAUUUUAAGUUUAGUUUAAACUUCAACUGGGAGUAGCAUGAAGCCUCUUUUUUGAAUAAUUUUUACAAUCUGCCAAACUGCUGCUUGUUGUGAAGUGAGUUGAGUUCACUGCUACAAUACAUCACUGAAUCUCAACUUUUUGCUCGCAAGUCAAAGCAAAACAAAUUGGCAGAACGAUCUUGAGAAGUUCGUAAGUUGGGUCACUCGUAUCUCAAGGGGGGGGGGGGGGGGGGUCACUGUAUAUGCAAAAGUUUGCAGCUUGUAGCUCCACCAAAGCGUAUGCUCACACAUUCACCUUCACCACCAACCUCUCCUCACAGUCGUCCCCUCGCCACAGCAGAGAAACAAUGCUUCGCGUGGGCUCUUUCCUCUCCUUGAGUGCUUCCUCUCCGCCUUGAGCUUCUUUCAUUGGCUUCCUGCCUCUCAGUGCCGUCCUUCGCUUUGAGUUGCAGGAGUUUGCCACCUUGGGCUCCCGCAACACGGACACGGGCAAGUCGGGCGGCCAUCUGGAGACCAAGUACAAAGUCGGCCGGCUGGGCCUCAGCUUCAACCAGAAAUGGAGCACGGACAACACUCUCGCCACAGAAAUCACCAUGGAAGACCAGCUGGCAAAGGGCUUGAAGCUUGGGCUGGACACCUCGUUUGUACCAAACACAGGCAAAAAGAGCGCGAAACUGAAGACAGCCUACAAGCGCGACUAUGCCAACGUGGGCUGCGACCUGGUGUUCGACAUGGGCGGUCCCACCGUCCACAGCACCGCCGUGCUGGGCUACCAGGGUUGGCUGGCGGGCUACCAGGUGGCGUUCGACACCGCCAAGUCCAAGCUCACCAUGAACAACUUCGCUCUGGGAUACAAGGCCCCCGACUUCCAGCUUCACACCAGCGUCAAUGACGGCACAGAGUUUGCCGGCUCCAUUUACCAAAAGGUGAACAGCAACACGGAAACUGCGGUCCACCUGGCCUGGACGGCCGGAAGCAACAACACACUCUUUGGAUUGGGAGCCAAAUACCAGCUGGAUAAGGACAGCUCUCUUUCUGCCAAAGUCAACAACACAUGCCUCGUCGGAGUAGGAUACACACAAACGCUCAGGCCAGGAAUCAAGCUGACACUCUCAGCGCUCCUCGACGGCAAGAACGUCAACGGCGGCGGACACAAGAUGGGCCUAAGCUUUGAGCUGGAUGUGUAAAGAUGACGAGAAGAAAGUAACAAUACCACAGAAGGAAACAGAAAAAAAAAUGAAAGAGCCCAAAUGUGACGACACCUCCAAGGUCCAACCAGCAACACUAAAUCACAUCCUCACACACACACACAGUCCAAGGGCUUGUUUCAAUGCAAUACCAUUUAAAUACUUUGAUAGUUCAACAAUACAAUUUUCAUUUGGUGUUAAAAUGCAACAAAAGGAGGGAGUUUGUGGCUACUUUAUAUUUAGUGGCUGAAUGGUUCAUAUCCUGGCUCAAAUAUAGGUUCAAGUGAAUUUUUAUUUCUUGAAUGGGUAUCUUUAAGCAGGAAAUGACACGAGAAACCUAUGUUUAGAAUUUCUUUCUUCGGCUAAGAUACCCAUUUAGUGUUCACGUUAUCUUAAAAUGUGCCCAGUGUAUGAACUGUAGUUUUUGUGUUUAUCUUAUCUUAAUUAUCAACUCCUUUUUGUUCUACCACCCUCUGACCGCAUACAUUUAAGAUUAGAAUGUAAAUGCUUUGGCUAUUGAAUUUCAUGUAUUUAACCAUAGAGAACUUUUCAUACUUUUUCUGCCACUUUGCCAAAUACCAUGUCUAUCAUACACAGUGCAAUAAUAGAUAGAAUGUCAAAAUAUCCAAUUGAGCAAGUGGACCUUAAACUCAUUUUCUCCUCGGCGCCUUCAGUUGCUCAAAGGUCUAUUUUGUGUGUGUGUGUGUUUGUUCUACACCAGUUCAGCCUGUAAACCAUCCACAUUUCACUUGAUCUGCGUGUUGUGCUUUGUAUAAGAACUUCAGUCAACGGUUACAACCUCAGUGAUUUUUUUUUUUUAUUUAAUCAGUGGAAUAAAAAAAUAAUGUAUAUACAA